CCAAACACCAAAGCAUGUAAACCCCAGGAACAAUUCCAGAAAACAAACAACCCCCUUUGUGGACACCUUUCAUGAAAACAAGGACCUCAAAACCUUACUUGAAAAGCUCAAAAAGAGAGGUUCGGACCCUCUUCAGAUACUCAAAGAUGAUGGGGAUUGGACCAAAGAUCACUUCUGGGCUGUCCUCAGAUUCCUCCUAGAGUCCUCAAGAUCCAAGGACGUUCCCCAGGUUUUUGAUUGGUGGAAGAACAUUGAGAAAUCACGGAUUAAUCUAUUUAACUACGAAAAGAUUAUAGGGUUACUAGUUGAGGAGGGACUAAUUGAAGAAGCAAUAUCAGCACUUAAAGAAUUGAUGGGUCAUGGGCUUAGACCUUCUUCGGAGAUCUAUAAUUCCAUAAUUCACGGUUUUGCUAGGAAAGGGAGGUUCAAAGAUGCUUUGUAUUAUCUCAAGAAGAUGGAGGAAAUCGAUUUGAAGCCAGAUACGGAGACCUAUGAUGGGCUCAUUCAAGCAUAUGGGAAAUAUAGAAUGUACGAUGAGAUGGAUUGUUGUGUGAAAAAGAUGGAAGUGGAUGGGUGUCCACUGGACCACAUUACUUAUAAUUUGCUAAUCCAAGAGUUUUCACGAGCUGGAUUGCUGACAAGAAUGGAAAAACUAUAUCAAAUUCUCAUAUCAAAAAGAAUGGAUUUGCAAUCUUCUACAUUGGUUGCAAUGCUCGAGGCAUAUGCCAACUUGGGGAUCUUGGGCAAGAUGGAGAAGUUUUACAGAAAGGUUUUGAACUCCAAAACUUUCUUAAAGGAUGAUUUGAUUCGGAAAUUGGCUAGGGUUUAUAUUCUGAACCACAUGUUUUCUAGAUUGGAUGACUUGGGACGUGAUCUUUCUUCGAAAACUGGAAAGACUGAUCUUGUUUGGUGUUUGCACAUGCUUUCACAUUCUUUUCUUUUGAGUCGGAAGGGCAUGUACUCUGUUCUUCAAGAGAUGGAAUUAGAAAAUUUACCUUGGAAUGUAACAAUCACAAAUGUUAUCUUGCUAACUUACGUGAAGAUGAAAGAUUUUAAGAACUUGAAGCUCGUACUCUCUGAAGUAGCAGCUCGACAUGUGAAACCUGAUAUUGUCACCAUUGGAGUUGUAUUUGAUGCGUAUAAGAUUGGAUUUGACGGAAUGUGGGCUUUAAAUAUGUGGAGAAAAAUGGGAUUUCUUGAUGAAGCUGUUGAAAUGAACACUGAUGCUCUUGUUCUCACUGCAUUUGGAAAAGGACAUUUCCUAAGAAGUUGUGAAGAGAUACACUCAUCUCUUGAAACUCAAGCUAGAGAAAGGAGAAUAUGGACUUAUCAACGUCUCAUUGAUUUGAUGGUUAAACACAACAAAAGGCUUUGUCAAUUAAUGGGAGUUGAACAGAGUUAGGCUAUGCAUUUUGUAUCAGAAUCAAAAUUAACAUGGGAUUGAUUGAUUGUGAGACAUCCUCUGAAGGUGGACAAGAAACUUUUGCUGCAUUGAAAAGGUGCUAUGAGCUAGUCAGUCUUUCGUAGGUGUUUUUAAUGGUUUUUUAUUUUUUUGAGGGAUUCAUGGCUACAAUGAUUAGAAGUUAAGAAUGUGUGGUAUGAUUGUAUCUGAUAUAUACACGAUUGGAUCAUGAGGCCAUUGAGCCUAAUACUAACAAUUUGUUGAGUAUACUUUUAA